CCCGUGCAGGUAUUUCAUAUUCUUAAAAGCAACAAAGAUAUAAUGUAAAAUAAUAUAUAUUUUUUAAAUUAUAAAAUAAUUAUUUUUGCGUAUGAAGCCUCAACUCAAGAUCGAAAGAGCCGCAGGUUGCCGACCCCUGCCGUACACGCACGGACGUAUCGGUAUUCUGUAGUGGAGAAUGUCAGUUGUUGAGUUGUUACGUGCCGUACACAUAAUAUAAACGACAUUACUACCACGGCGAUGUCAAAAGGACACCACGCGCAAUGUGGCGGACGCGACAUAUUUUCCCGGUAAUUUUUAUCAGUACAACACUAUGUAUUAUGACGUAGUGCGGCGUCCUUCUAAAAUGUUCACCUUCACGAGUAUUGUGUUCCACUUUCACGUUAUCCCACCGUGAACAGCAUAAUAUGAACGUACGCGUAAAUCGGGAACGCGUUUGGUUUUGGUACACGUCGACACGUCAUCAUUACAACUUACAAUGUAAACUACCGUUUGGUGAUGUGGCUAACUUCUGGCGGAGUUAGUACCCCGCGUCACUGGUCUGCCAUUGUCCGGCGACGACGUACCUAUUCACUUUUCAGUUUUCACACCAACGUCCAAAACUGGCGUACUACGACCUUUAUUUUUUGCGAAUAAAAGGCGUCCUAAUUUUUCAUCAUUUUUAUAUUAAUCAAAUGGUAUAUGCAAUGACGCUAAGAAAGAGUGAAAACGAGCGCAGUAUUCACGGUGAUUUCACAUUUCAAGUCGUGUGCUGUCAGAUUAACAACAAAAUAACCAAUAUUAAUCGAGGUGUUUCAUGGGCGUAUUCCUAGCAGCAAGAAUGCGAGUUGCGGAGUGCGGACGGGCUACGCAGUAGUUAGAGAGAUCGGAGAAUAGAAAAGAGAAUGUAUGCAGAGUGAGACGCAGUGCAGGCAACUCCAUUGUGUAAUGUAAUAUUUUGGCGGUCCGUCAUUCUUCGGAGUCCGGUUUGCCGCCGCCGCCGCCACUGCCAUCGCCAUCGCCAUCGCCAUCGUUCACAUUGUUAGUUGUGUUGUCGGUUGAGGCCAUGGCUCUGUGAACGUGUCAUAUUAUAUACCUUACACAAGCUCUCUCUGACCUUACCAUAAUGUUUUUCAUUUCGGCGCUUUUGUUCUUCAUUGGUCUUCAAUUCAUCGCAUUUGAAACUUAAACGUCUUAAUAAAAUAUAACUGGCUAUGACGCCAUCGCCGCAGUCCAUAUGCUUAGAAGCGUUCAUUCUGGAGCCCCUGUUCUUUCAGCGCUAAUGAUGAGUCGUGACUUGGCUGACAUGUCAAAAAUAAUUAUUCCAUUAAUAGGCGUCGGUUGUUGUCAGUGGUUUUAACAUUAAAGCCUCACUAUGAAAAGAAAAGUAAUCACAAAAUAUCAGCGUAUGAAUACAAUACGCGGUGUUAAUAAACUGGGAUGUAUUAAGCCUUGCCUAGCUGUCUGUAUGACGUCGAAUAGCAUAUUGGUCUCGGAUAAGCAGGGACGGAUUGGGCCAUCGGGAAAUCGGGAAAUUCCCGAUGGGCCGCGUGCGCUACCAAACUCUACGGCUGUGACCUGUCGCAAACUAAUAAAUGAUGAUGAAAAUAUAUUUGAUGUCUUAGGUGAAAAAAAACUCAUCCCAAAAGUUAAAAACUAUGCUCAAAAUGUUGUCGCCAUUUUAAAUGAUUCUGAUUUUAAAAGUCAUUUUAGAUUAAAUCGAUCAUCAUUUGAAGUGUUGUUUAAAGAAAUCAUUAUAGAAUAUGAUUUAAGUGAGGACAAUAUAGUUGGUGAAAAAAGUAAAAUAGUUGAAAAUCACAUUUUAUUAAGUAUAUGGUACAUGGCCAAUUUAGAGACAUACAGACAACUUGGUGAUCGAUUUGAGGUGUCAAAAAGCAAUGCACAUGGUAUUGUCAGAAAAUUUAUUUCCAUUAUGGAAGUGCAUAAACAUAAGUUUAUUAAAUGGCCUCGGGGAAAUGCUAUAAAUCAAACCAUUCAGGAUUUUAAACAUCUUAGACCAAAGCCUUUCCCUGGUGCUUUCAUGGCCUUGGAUGGAUGCCAUAUUAAAGUUCCUGCUCCCUGGAAUAAACGUAGACGAAUGAGGCAUAUUGAUCAACGUUGUUAUAUCAACCGCAAACAUGUAGCUUCUGUAGUCUUACAGGGAAUAUGUGAUAGUAAACAAAAAUUUACAAAUAUUUUUGCGGGCUGGCCUGGUGCAUCACAUGAUGCCAGGAUUUUUAGAAAAAGUAGCAUAGGUGUUGCUUUAAAUGAUCCACUACAGAAUUUAGUGCCAGAAAAUUGCUAUAUUUUAGCAGAUUCUACAUAUCCAUUAUCUCAAAAUGUAAUGGUUCCAUAUCGUGACAAUGGUGCACUAACAGCUGAACAGCAUAAUUUUAAUAGAAUCCUCAGUUCAUCUAGAGUAGUUAUUGAAUUAACAUUUGGAAAGUUGUUGGGACGAUUCAGGCGGUUUAAGUACCUUGAAGUUUACAACAAAGAUUUUUGUGGUGCUUUUAUUUCAGCCGCAUGCUGUUUGCACAACAUAUGUAUGGACCAAAAUGAUCAAAUUGACUGUACAGAUUACACUUCUCAAAAUCAAGAAUCCAAUUUUAAUAUUUCUGAAAUAAAUGUAACUGCAACUCAUAAAAGAAAUGCAAUUUGUAAUGAAUUAUCUAUAAAUACAUAAAUAAAUCAGCCCUGGUAUUAUUA